UUAUCUUCAUCAUUUCAUUUCAUUCCAUCUCAUCUCAUCUCUCAUCAUCCAUCUCCUUAACAUACAGUUUUGCAACUCAACAGUCGUAUAUCUACAUCUAUAUAUACACAAAAAGUGAAUAAAGAAGACAGAAGAAAGAAAAUGUCCGACAACCUCUCCCUCAUCCCCGAAAAGAACCGCCCCCCAGAGACCCCCAUCACCUCCCUCGGCCACGAACUCGGCAUCAUGUUCGGCUUUAUGGCGGCUUGUGUGGUGAUUAUGGUGAUUUAUGUGAUAUUCUGGCGGGCAGCCGAAAAACGCGAAGAAGCCCACCAAGCCCACCGGCGCGAACGGCUCGCCGCGCAACACGCGCACGACUUCCAAGCGCGCGGCGGUAUCGGCGGGGGCAUCGGGGGCGUGCAUGAGAAGAUGGCUGAUGCGGAGGGGUCUGGGGAGAGGAGGGUGGAGUUGCCGGGGUGUACGUCUUUGGGGGAUCAUCAUGAUGGUGGUAUUAGUGGGAGUAAUAAUAAGACUACUGCUGCUGGGAAUCCUGGGGCUAUGGUGGUUGGAGGGACGAGGUUUGAGUUUGAGUUUGGGUUUAGGGGGGGUAAUAGUCCUGGUCCUGGGGCUGGUCCUGGUUCUGGUCCUGGGGCUGGUGGUGGUGGUCAGGGUUAUGGUCAGAGGGUAUGAUGGGUGGUGGGUGGGUUUGAGGAUUUUAGUAGGGGGUUGGAGUUAUAGGGUUGUUUUGGUCUGAUUAUAUGGUCUAUGUCUACGUAUAUCCAGAGUGGAGAGGGAUCUGGUCUAUUCUGUUAAGCUCAUUCAUUUAUUGAUUGUCAUUAUA